UUGACGCUGCUGACGCCGCUCCUCCGCCAUCUUCAACUUCCCAUUGUUUGCAUCAGACUGAGGCUGUCUGCGGUGUGUGUGUGUGUGAGAGCGGACUCGGGCAGCAGUUCAUAAUAAAAUACUAGAUAGAGCCUUUACGUUCGCGGUCGCCCAAGUUCAGCAUAAGCUAUUUGUAUGUCAAGGGAUUAAACUCUUCUCAGGACGCGACCACUGAACCAUGAUGAUGGACGACGAUCAACCCAAAACCUUGUAUGUGGGGAACCUGUCCAGGGAUGUCACUGAGCCCCUCAUUCUGCAGGUUUUCACACAGAUUGGACCCUGCAAGAGCUGUAAAAUGAUAGUUGAUACGGCUGGAAAUGAUCCAUACUGCUUUGUCGAGUUCUAUGAACACAGGCAUGCUGCUGCCUCAUUGGCAGCCAUGAACGGACGGAAAAUAAUGGGUAAGGAGGUCAAAGUCAACUGGGCCACAACGCCAACCAGCCAGAAAAAAGACACAAGUAAUCACUUCCAUGUCUUUGUCGGAGACCUCAGCCCAGAAAUAACCACAGAAGACGUCAAAGCUGCCUUCGGUCCAUUUGGCAGGAUAUCGGAUGCCCGUGUUGUGAAAGAUAUGGCUACAGGGAAAUCUAAAGGCUAUGGCUUUGUGUCUUUCUUCAACAAGUGGGAUGCAGAGAACGCCAUUCAGCAGAUGGGGGGUCAGUGGUUAGGAGGCAGACAGAUCCGAACUAACUGGGCCACAAGAAAGCCCCCUGCCCCAAAGACCACCUAUGAAAAUAACUCCAAGCACCUAUCCUUUGAUGAAGUAGUGAACCAGUCCAGCCCCAGUAACUGCACCGUGUACUGUGGUGGAGUCAGCACAGGACUGACAGAACAACUGAUGAGACAGACCUUCUCCCCGUUUGGACAAAUCAUGGAAAUCAGAGUUUUCCCAGACAAAGGCUACUCUUUCGUGAGGUUUAACUCCCAUGAGUCAGCAGCUCAUGCCAUUGUGUCAGUGAAUGGCACCUCACUAGAGGGCCACAUAGUCAAAUGUUACUGGGGCAAGGAGACGCCAGACAUGAUGAACCCCAUGCAGCAGAUGCCCAUGCCGCAGCAGAACAAGAUGGGCUUUGCUGCGGCCCAGCCCUACGGCCAGUGGGGUCAGUGGUACGGCAAUGGGCCCCAGAUUGGCCAGUAUGUCCCCAACGGCUGGCAGGUCCCCACCUAUGGCGUCUACGGCCAGGCCUGGAAUCAGCAGGGCUUCAAUCACUUACCGGCCAGUGCUGGGUGGACUGGGCGUGAGCGCCAUCAGUAACGGUGGGGUUAUGGAGCCUACGCAGGGAUUGAAUGGGAGUAUGCUAGCCAACCAGCCCGGUAUGGGAGCCGCAGGAUA